UUUUCCGUAUGCUUUUAACUUAUUUGGAUUUUGUGGAUAACAUAUUCAUCGGUUUCGUGGUGUAGUUGGUUAUCACGUCAGUCUAACACACUGAAGGUCUCCGGUUCGAACCCGGGCGAAGCCAAUUUUUUUUAUUUUUUUUGGCGGCUUGAUUGAAAAGCAGCCAGCAAGAGGGACCCAACGUUUUCACUUUCAGAGUUGUACUGUAUAACACAGUGAGCGACAGUGCCAACAUUCGCCCUGAAGAAUGGCUAUCAAAUUCCGUCUUUUUGACUCGAUGUUUGUCUUUCUCUAACCCUUUUUUCCACCGAAAAUUUCCCUCUUUUUAUUUAUUCCUUUUUAUUAAAAUUAAACACUUCAAAACCAGUAGUGGGAUUUCGUUAACAAAAACCCUUUGCUUUACCCUUCUCAUCGCUUCACUACCCUCUUCUUCGCCGUUUUCAUCAACUGAUACAUAAAAGGAUUUUGAUUAUCUAAACUUGAUGGGUAAUUCUCGUAUGGUGUUUGAAGGUUUGGAAAAUAGCAGGAAAGAUUUUAUGAAUUUAUAAAAGAAAACCAAAAAUGGGAGGUUGUUGUUCUUCAUCUCGGAAAUUCCAAUUCCAAGGAACACCUGUCUAUUACUACUGUCCACCACCUUUAGAGCAAAGUGAAACAUCAUCACCCCACAAUGGUCCAUUUCCUGGGAGACUACAUAUCGAUGUAAAUCUUGACAUGUCAAUUCCGGACACUUAUCGAUCUCCGCCAACACCGAUUCCGUUCGAUGUGGUCUUAGGAAUUCCACAAUCAACAAACAACGCUCCUGAUGACCAAGCCUUUUGUGAUCUUGCUUAUCAGAAACCGAUUCCGAUUCCGAUUCCGGUGAAUGUUAAGGAAUUAGACCAUGAAGCCGAGGGUGGCACCCCUUUUGUCGAGUCCACAAAGAAGGUUGAUGUUGGAUUUCAAAUAUCGAAAGUUCUUGAUGCUUCGAAAGUAGAAGAGGAGGAUGUUUGUCCCACUUGUUUUGAAGAGUAUAAUGAAGAGAAUCCAAGAAUUAUAACAAAAUGUAACCAUCAAUUUCACCUUUCGUGCAUUCUCGAGUGGAUGGAAAGAAAUCACACUUGCCCAUUUUGCAGUCAGGAAAUGGACUUUGAAGUUCUAUAGAAGCACUCUUUAAAAAAGAAAUGUUCAAAGCAAUUCUCCUUCACCAUUGAAGGUUGCUAGAUUGAUUGGUCAUGAAGAUUUGUACUUGGGUUAUCAUAGUUGUUUUGUUUCUACCAUUUGGUAGAGAUUAGAUAAGCGUUUAGUUUUAUCCUCAUACAGCUGAAGUGACUAAAACUGAACGCUUACUUAAUCUGUAUCAAUAUUUAUGGAUCGGCUAUGUAAAUUAGUCGUUGCGUGUUAUUGGCUUAUGUAUGUAAAUGAUGUGCACAAGUUGUAGUAAUGUGAUCCUUCAUAACUACAAUUUUUAUUGCAUAAUGUAUGAAUUACUAUAAGCAACAUUUUGGUGAACUACUUAUUUGACUUGUAA